CAUUCCGUCGACGACACACAAGAAACGACCAAACACUUGCAUUGCACGUAGCCCAAUCCCAUCAUCUAUUCAAAGAUUCCAAACCCCUAUCUCUGUAUAAAUAUCUGUCCCUGCUGCAAGCAAUGUCUAUCUAUCGAUCGAGAACAAGAACCAUCUCACUGCAGUCUCAUCUCAUCAUGGCGUUCCAACGCCACCGUUCGUGGCUGCUCCUCCUCGCCCUCGCUUGCCUGUUGUACCUCGCUGCCACGGCCGCCGAGGCCAAGCGGACCGGCGAGCUGACGGUGUUCUGGGGCCGGAACAAGGACGAGGGCACCCUGCGCGAGGCCUGCGACACCGGGCUGUACAACACCGUGGUCAUCUCCUUCCUCCGCGUCUUCGGCCACGGUAAAUACUGGACCGACCUCUCGGGCCACCCGCUCCACGGCAUCGGCGCCGACAUCAAGCACUGCCAGUCCAAGGGCAUCCCGGUGUUCCUCUCCAUCGGCGGCGGGGGCACCGACUACUCCCUCCCGUCCUCGGCGUCGCCGGAGGCCGUCGCGAACCACCUCUGGAACGCGUACCUCGGGGGCGGCAGCGGCGAUGUGUUCCGCCCCUUCGGCGACGCGGCGGUCGACGGCGUCGACUUCUACAUCGACCAUGGCGCGCCCUCCGAGCCCUACGACGAGCUCGCGCGCCGCCUCGACUACUUCAACAGCAUGUACUACCACGCCACGGCCAAGCACGUGCGGCUCACGGCCACGCCGCGCUGCGCGUUCCCGGACCGCCGCCUCGAGCGCGCGCUGGAGACGGGGCUGUUCGAGCGCAUCCACGUCCGCUUCUACGGCGACGAGGAGGAGCGGUGCUCGUACAAGAAUGGCGGGGUCGACGGCGUCGUGGAGGAGUGGGAGAAGUGGACGGCGAGGUACCCCGGGAGCCAGCUCUACGUGGGGCUCGCCGCGGCCGAGAGCGGCGUGCCGGAUGGGGCGUCGCCGCCCGUCGAGGUGUACCUCAAGUACCUCUACUACGACCUGCUGCCCAAGGUGCAGAAGGCGGACAACUAUGGCGGGAUCAUGAUCUGGGACAGGUUCACCGACAGCAGGACCGGAUACAGCACCGCCGUCAAGGGCUGGGCGUCCUGCUCUUAUGGCGGCUGUGUUUAAUUUAUUUAUUUCACUAUAAUAUAUAUAUAUAUAUAUAUAUAUAUAUAUAUAUAUAUAUAUAUAUAUAUAUAUAUAUAUAUGCGCGCGCCAUUACUGUAUGGACUGCAGUUGCUUUCGAUUGCAGUCAAUGGAAUAAAAAUAAGGCUGAUGAAUUUCCAUGGAUGUGACGCUAUAGGGAAUCAGGAAAAAAUUUCUAUGUUUUGGUCGGUGGCGACGAA